AUGGCCGGAGCAGCUGAAGCUGCAGUCCGAAUCGUCGAACUGUUAGCGCCCGUGUAUGCGGAUGUGUAUCAACUCUCGACUACUAACGCAGUGGGCGUCCCCGUGUCACUCCAACGCACGGCAAACGAUUGUCUCCAACUCGCAUUCGUCCGUCCGAAUAUCCGCAAGACGGUGACGUGCGUCAACGUCGCCAGUGGCUGCCACUGCGACUUUUUGCGCUUUUUACGGUCGCUAUUGGUGCUCAUAGAGCGACAAAUCAUUGAGGUAGACGCCAUGUACGUCGUAGCCUCCCGAUCCACUGACCUUUUGCCUGUAGCGACACUUCAAUUGCACGUGCGAGUGCAUCAGGAAGCAAAGCUUGGCACAUCGCUCAAAGAUUUUGACUUUGUAUUGUGUCAUCUCCAAGCGACAAUGCUGUCAAUUGUAUUGGAUAACCAGAAGGCAAAGAAAGAGGCAAUAAACUCUGCUUUGGAAGAUGCCAGGAACAACUCGUCGUGUCAUGUUAUCGGUUGUCGAUUACACCCUUGGAACAAUGCCAAACCAAUGAUGCAACCCAAGCAAAAGCUUCAUUUACCUGAUGUGUUUAAUAGCUUGACGAGUCAAAUGCAAGUGGGUCAGAUGGAAAUUCGUGACGACUUCACGUACUUGGCUCGAAUGACGCACUCCAAGAAACAGAUCUUUAUGACCGAUCUACCUGCAAAUGUGCUGCAGAAUAUCUUGUGUCUAAUGAAUGCACGGGAUCUUUCUUCGCUAUGUGGCGUGUGCUCACUGUUCCAGCACAUGGCAUACGAAGUGGUACCUGGUCUGAACCUUGUACUAUAUGAGCACCAACGGAGAGGAUUAAAGUGGAUGCUGCGCCGUGAAACUCCGUCACUGACGUCCAUUCCUCAGCCACAUCCGUUCAUUCUAUCGUCGGAGUCGGAAAGUGAGUCGGCGGUAGCUAUAGAUUUGAUCCAGAACCGAGUCAUCACACAUCCCCACGUAACGGCAAGUGACGCGUGUGGAGGCAUGUUUUGUGAUGAGCCAGGUCUUGGUAAAACCAUUACAAUGUUGGCAUUAAUUCUGCGAACAAAAGGACAAACGACGGACAACACGCCAGUUAAUACGUCUGACCCCGGCAGAGACAUGACUCGGUCAGCGUUACGGUCGUGUGGAUCCCGAGGUCGCUGCGUGAAUGUUGAGGACGUAGUGUCCUCUGGCGCCUCAUUACUGGUUGUGCCCGAUCCGCUGGUAGAACACUGGAAGUAUCAAGUCGAAACUCACGUCGCACCAGGCGCUUUACGUGUAUUUGUUGACCCUGGUGUCGAACACGCGUUACCGUACAAUACGGAUCUUGCUCAGUACGAUGUUGUCAUCACCUCGUUUACUAGAUUGGCGCGCGAAUGGAGAAUCAAUCGACCAACUUCAGCUUUAGAGGAGCGUAUGCCCGAACGUUAUGGCUUCGAAGGUCCACAAAGGUAUGCCGACGGAACUCUUCGCGGAAAAGUGUCAUCUCUUCUUACGGUUCAUUGGGUGCGAGUAAUUGUUGAUGAGGGUCACAAACUGGGCGGCCAGACUCCAUCAGAUUUGAUGCAGUUGGCCCGAUUGCUGUGUGCUAGAAGGCGCUGGGUAAUGACCGGAACACCCACGCCAAACACCCUCCAAUCUGCCGAUCUCCGCUAUAUGCAUGGACUUCUAGUGUUUCUGCGUAAUCUACCUUACGGGAGUCCAGACGGACAUGCGUGGAUGAAGGCGAUUGCUCGUCCGUUUAUAGGGAAUGAAAUUGUCGGGUUUUAUCGCCUGCAACACCUCCUCAGCCGAAUCAUGAUGCGGCAUACAAAAGAGUCAAUUCGUGAGAUAUUGCCCGAACCGAUCCGACGCACCGUGUAUAUUGACCCUACACCAAGCGAGUAUGCGCAAUACAAUGGUGUUGCCGCGGCAGUUCGUGCUAACUUGGUCAUUACGAAUAUGGAUCCCAAAACUCCUGGUUGUCAGCAUCCGGAUAGCCUUUUGAAUCCAAUUAAUCGGAAAGAGGCGUCGCGUGUCGUCUGUAAUCUUCGGUCAGCAUGUUGCGGCGGAUCUGCUAUGAAGAUUUCACUGGCCGAGGCGUCUCGAUUGGAUACGAUUAAUAUGCUAAGCGCACUCGGAGUUGAUGGCUAUGAUAUGGCGGUCGUGCUGGAAUACCUUCGUAAAGUUCAACUGCAAGGGGUUGUCACUAAGUGUGAGUGCUGCAAGCGCAAACUUCAAUUGCUAAUGAUUAUCCCGUGUGGGCAUUUGUGCUGUGCCGACUGUGUGGAAGAUCGGAUACGAAGAGUUGGCCCCAUUUGUUUUCAAUGCAAUGUAGUUUUCGACCGAGAAACCUUCCAACGGCUUCAGCCUGGGUUUGAAUUUGAAAUGGUGGAAGAAGAUGUGUCGUUGGAGAACAACAAUUCCAACCCGAACCAAAAUAAUCGUCAUGGGAGGCGCGUCAAUCAGAUCCAGCAGCUUGUCAAUCAAGACCAGCGGCGUGACAGGGAAGGACAGGAGCCCCGACGACAUGGUAGGGGAAACCGACGUGGUCACGAGGCGAAUGGUCAAAAUGGUCACCGAGAGCCUCGGCGCGCGCUGGAUCUUACUCGUGAUAUUCAUUUCAUCGACGCUAGCAAAGCAUUUUACGCGGCCACUAGAAUUAAAGAGCUGAAGAAGGAGUUUUUACUUGGCACCGUUACUCCAAGUGGACGAUCUUCGCGACGUCAAGCGCGCUAUCUCAAGGCGAUCAUCUUUUCACAGUUCAAAGAGCAUAUUUGGCACACAAAGGUUGCAUUUGCUCAACAGGGUGUGCCCACAGCUGAUUUCAUUGCUGGACUUACCCCAAAAAUGCGAAUGAAGCAACUAAUGCGCUUUCGCAAGGACCCUAAUGUGAAUGUUCUUCUGCUAACGGAGGUCGGAUCACACGGCUUGGACCUCUCCUUUGUUACGCACAUCUUUUUGAUGGACGAGAUCUGGGACAAAUCGUUGGAGCAGCAAGUUAUAAGUCGAGCUCAUCGAAUGGGUGCGGGUCAAGCCGUGGUGGUGGAGCAACUGUGGAUGCGAGGUAGUGUGGAGAGCCAAAUGUUGAGGCCUCGUGAAACAGACGAUCGGGUCCAACUGGAAGAAAAUUGUUCUGAAGUACUUGCUGCUCCAGCUCAAUUGAGAGUGCAUGAGGUCGUUUCGCCAGGGAGAUCGCCAAAGAAGUCUAGUACGAAAGUAGGAAAAAUGUUUGCUGCUUCAAGCAAAAAACGUAAGCGACAUCGAACAAACGGGAGUGACGCUCAAAAAGCUUCAAAAGGUAACAAGAAUACCGCACUUCAGCGCAAACUUGACUACGUGCUGAACAAUCUGCGCUUGCUGGGAGAAGACAUUGUCGCGGAGCCUGGUGAAGUGCGCUUUUACGUUGAGAACGAGCACAAGGAGGUGAUUCGACGAGCAAUUCACGUCAUGCCUAACCGAGGCACUCGUGCAAGCAGCAGCAAUUCGACAGUAUCUACGGAGCUACCGCCGACGCCUACAAUGGUAACUAUCCCAACAGUCCAGACUGCUGUGCGCCGACGGCGACAAGUAAGACGUGUGGUUAGAUUUAAAAACGAGACUUUGCCGAGCCCUUCUCCUCACAUUCCAGUUCCAAAGCGCUCUGCCCCGGCCGACAUUAUCGUGAUUGACAGUUCUUCUGAUGAAGAAAGCAAGGUAGCAUUUGCAGAGGAGGAGAAGCACAAAGGUAAGGAGGACACAAUGCUGAUGGAGAAGGAUCGACGACCUUGUACGAAGGACAGAAGUAUUAUUGCGAUUUUGAGCUCUAGCGACGAUGACGAUGAAGUCAAGCCACUGCCUCCAACGAGGAAAGGUGUACUGAAGACAGACGUGAAUGAUAAAGUAAGGAAAACGUGCAGGAUUAACCCGACGACCAAGGCGGCAUUUGUUGCCAUGAUUGACGACGACUACGAUGAUUCCGAUACGGAGUCGGAGUGA